CAGCUAUCUUUCCGUCUACCUGAGUAGUUAUUAAACUGCCGAUGAUGAGGGAGGACAUAAAUAAUUGUGUAAAUAAAUGAGCACUGAAGAAGAUCGGGGCAUGUCUGUCGUGUGGAAAUUGCCCCUCCACGUAGAGCUGCACCGCCCACUCCGCCUCGUUUCUUUCUUUGCACGUUUUGGCGACGUUGCCGUUUGUUUCUUAGAAUUUCUCUUCCGUUGCUCGGACUUGGAGCGUCCCAGCGAUGGCUUACACACUCCAGGGAGGCAUCAAGAAGAAAGUGUGCUACUACUACGACGGUGAUAUUGGGAACUACUACUAUGGACAGGGUCACCCGAUGAAGCCCCACAGAAUACGCAUGACCCACAACCUUCUGCUGAACUAUGGCCUCUACCGCAAGAUGGAGAUUUAUAGGCCUCAUAAAGCCACAGCAGAGGAGAUGACCAAGUACCACAGUGAUGACUACAUCAAGUUCCUGCGCUCCAUCCGACCUGACAACAUGUCUGAGUUCAGCAAACAGAUGCAGCGCUUUAAUGUAGGAGAAGACUGUCCUGUGUUUGAUGGGCUGUUUGAAUUCUGUCAGCUCUCUACAGGAGGAUCAGCAGCUGGUGCUGUGAAGUUGAACAGACAGCAGACAGACAUUGCGGUUAACUGGGCUGGCGGGUUGCACCACGCCAAGAAGUCGGAGGCGUCUGGGUUCUGCUACGUCAACGACAUCGUGCUUGCUAUUCUGGAGCUGCUCAAGUACCACCAGAGGGUGCUGUACAUUGAUAUUGAUAUUCACCAUGGCGAUGGCGUGGAGGAGGCUUUCUACACUACGGACCGGGUCAUGACUGUCUCCUUCCACAAAUACGGAGAAUACUUCCCUGGAACUGGAGACCUGCGGGACAUUGGUGCUGGCAAAGGGAAGUACUAUGCUGUGAAUUUUCCUCUAAGAGACGGAAUAGACGAUGAGUCAUAUGAACAAAUCUUCAAACCAGUGAUGGCUAAAGUGAUGGAGAUGUAUCAGCCCAGUGCAGUGGCCCUGCAGUGUGGAGCAGAUUCUCUCUCUGGAGACAGACUGGGGUGUUUCAACCUCACCAUCCGGGGACACGCCAAGUGUGUGGAGUACAUUAAGUCUUUUAACCUGCCGCUACUCAUGCUUGGAGGAGGGGGCUACACCAUCCGCAACGUGGCGCGCUGCUGGACCUACGAAACCGCCGUGGCCUUGGACACAGACAUCCCAGAUGAACUGCCCUAUAAUGACUACUUUGAGUAUUUUGGGCCAGACUUCAAACUGCAUAUAAGUCCAUCAAACAUGACCAAUCAGAACACACAAGAGUAUAUGGACAAGAUCAAACAGCGUCUGUUUGAGAACCUGCGCAUGCUGCCUCAUGCCCCUGGAGUUCAAAUGCAGGUCAUUCCAGAGGACAGAGUUACGGACCCAGGGGACGAGGACACGGAGGACCCUGAUAAACGCAUGUCCAUCCGUGCAUCUGAUAAGAGGAUUGCGUGCGAUGAGGAAUUCUCGGACUCUGAGGAUGAGGGAGAGGGUGGACGCAGGAACAUCACCAACCACAAGAAAGGAGUGAAACGAGCCCGUGUGGAGGACGACAAGAAGGAGGGAGAGGAAAAGAAAGCUGAGGUGAAGGAGGAGGAGUCAAAGGAGAGCAGCUCAGAAAAACACGACUCGAAAAGUGUGAAGACUGAAACGAGCAGCUCCUAAAUUGGCCACUAGAUGGAACAAACUGCUUCUCUCUCUCAGCAGAGAGCAUUUCCUCCCCACCCCCUUCAGCAUUAUAUUUAUUACUCUCUCUGUGUGUG